GCCCAUCAUCAAACCUGUUUUAAUCUAUGUCUCACAAACCUGUAUCACAAGUAAGAAACACAAUUGCAUUCACAACUAAAGAUAUUUCCAGUUUGCAGUAGGGGCUGAACGACUCACACUUUCUUUUAAAAUUGACUAAAGGCCACCGUAAAUAUGUGAUGAAAGUCGAUUUGACUAGCCGUUGAUAUUACACUUAAGACAGUAUAAAAGGGUUUUUAUAUCAGGGGAUUGUCUACUGUUUGCCGUAGCCAUUGAUGCCAUAAACACCAUAAUAAAAAAAACAGCUAUACAACCACAGCAACAAAGUCCACUGAUAAAACAUGACGAAUGGAAUAGAGGAUAUCCUGCAUCUCAUAGUGGAAUGGACUUCAUCUAUAGAGAAGUUUGCUAGUUUGCUGCUAGUUUGCUCCUCACCUGUUUUCUUAGAGGCAUCAAUACAGCAUCACAGUAGAGCAGAAAAGUCGACUAGUCAGUAAAACCUUGAGUCCGCAGGGCACUUGAGUGGCUCAUCUCUGGAGAAUCAGACCCCCCAACCAGGCAAUGAAAAGUAGUUUACUUUUAUAAAAUAUUGAAUAUCAUAUAUUAAAAUACUAAAAGCAACAGGUUAUAAGACAGAAAAGAGAAAUUUAUUGAUUCCAUUUAUUCAUGUAUACACCGAUCAGGCAUAACAUCAUGACCACCUUCCUAAUAGGUCUCCCUUGUUCUGUGGUGUCUGGCAACACAAUGUUGUUAGUGGGGGCCUGGUCUAGGGGGUUGGUAACAUCCACAUGAAUGCCAGGUUCAAAGGUUUCCCAGUAGAACACUGAAUUGUCACAAGGUGGUCAAUGUUAUUUACCUGUCAGUGGUCAUGAUGUUGUGGCUAGUCUGUGUGUCCAAGUUGAGCAUAUUUUGACAGUGUAGUUAAGCCCAUCUAGUUACAUCUAAGGAGGCAAAAUUCAGUUUAAUAAGUUUGAACUAAUUCGGUCAAAUACUUUGAAAACUUUUCCAAUGUGUGUUUUAUAAUACACUUUUAUUCCUAUCAGAUAGAUUUCUAAAAGUAUUAAAUGAGGACAAAUCAGGACAUAGAUUUCAACCUUUGUCUUUCGAAUCAUACGUUCCACCUUGUCAUGCCUCCGCAGAGCAUCAAGAAGCCGACCUAUGACAUGAAAUCAAACAAACACAAAACAAGUUGACAAGUUGUUAUCUCUACAAAACAUCUCAUAUAUGCACUUCCUGUUGGCUUGAAUUCAGUUUUUUACAACUUAGAGAUCUACAACUCAUCCAAAUGAUCCUGCGCGGUCUGAAAGGAAGUGGUCGAAAUAAGUAAUGGUUAGAUUUUGAAUGCACAAUGAAGUCAGGGAAGGAAUAACAAACUAAUGGAAUUAGUAUACUCAAGUCGGUUUGAGCAGAGUAGUUAGGAAAUAUCAUUAGCACUGCAACGGACAAAAGUGGAAAAGCAACAAAAAGCAUUUUUUUCAGACUCAAAUGCAUCACUUGUCGGUUUAAGUUGCUAAAACUCAGUGAACAGUGAUCUUAAAUUCCCUGCAUUGUUUUAUUCUUAUUGGUGUGACAGGUGGUCAUGAUAGAUUUACCACGCAAAUAAAUUACAUGGCGGCUCCCUUGUUUGUUUUUUUUUAAUUCGCCAUGAUGUCACCACAUCAGCAUUCAGUAUAAUGCAGAGGCUAACCAGUCAAUGUAGCCUGUAGGCUGCAUUAAAGUAAACAGUAAAAGAUAAAUGAUCAACGCUUGACUCGCAAUGUCAAACACACUUUCACAGAGCUGCUCUGAUUAUUGAAGAGAUUUAUUGGCACUAAUAAAGCGUGUUAAUGUUAUAAACCAUGUCAGGGAACCUUAAGUAUACACAAAGUUUGGCCUCUCUUUGAAACGUGAAAUUAGUUCAAUUGUAGUUCUUAUACCACACAUUCAUUCCUUUUAAAUAUAUUUAUAGAAAAAAAAAAUAGUACAAGCUUUUAUCAUCCCGUGUUUGCUGAGCAGAAGAAAAGUGUACUAACUGUGGAAAACACCAGUUGCGCUUCACCUGCUAUGACAAGUCUAAAUGUCUGCUCAUUUUGACCCUGCAGCUAAGCUAGUCUGAUGCUGUGUGGUGCUAAGUGAGCAGCUUGUAGCAUGUUAGCUUGCGAACGUUUACACUUAGCUACAGUCACUGCUGUGCCAAAAACAACGAACAAACAAAACAACACACACACACAAAACUGUCCAAUAUAUUAGAUAAAUAGUUUGUCCGGUAUUUUAACAAAACAGAUUGCCCAUGCUAGUGUAGCUUAUCAUAAAAAAACAACAACAAUGCAGCCAGAAUGAUCCCAAAUUUAGUUUAUCCAUCCAACUCAUCAAACACAUGCCAGCAUUAAUGUUUGAAUGUUGAGUUUUGCUUGAGCAACAAAUGGCAACAAAACCCUCAUGUGGUUUUCAGGUUAAACUGGUUACUGCCUGAGUUUCACUCCAUCUACUCUCUCUCUCUUAUAAAAAAAGUCACUUCAUUAAAGCAAAUCUUACCUUUCUGACGAUAUGAUCAUAAAAUGCUCCCAAUAAGUGUAUGGCACACUAAAAAGUAAAAAGAAAUCCACCAGGUGUUGGAACUCGCCAAUAUUAAAUUCUCACGUUUCUGAUAAAAGUCUGACCAAUAAUUGUAUUAGUGCCAAUAAAAUGAUCUGCCAGACUAUCAAGGUAACUGAACGUUAGCAGGGCAUUUUAUUUUAUAGCACAUACUGAAUAGAGUUUUAUUUUAUUAAUUAGUUAAUUUUAUUCAAUUUUAUUAGUAUUCUCUCUUGAUGCCCCAUCAAUCCGACUCCAUUGACCCGUUUCACUCCUCAGCCUCCACCUUCACUUUCCCACCGCAUGCGUCAGGAGAGGAGGGGAGCGUCUAAGGUCAGGAAUCGGGGCGCGGGUUGUUCAUGUUCAAAUUUUAACUACGUCCUGUGCAACGUGCCAGAAAGACAAUAAUUAAUUUAACCUCGUUGCGCUCAUUUUUAGGUGCUUUAGUUUUGCUCUGAUCCUCCCUUCGCUUCAGGGACAUAUGCGCCUAAUAUGGGCAACAGAGGAAGUCGGCGCACCGUGCUCGGUAAACUUGGAAUCGGAUUUACAUACUCAUCAUGUCGUUAUUAGGAUGUACCUGCCCGUCCAGUCGGUGCAGAGCUCGCUGUGCGAAAGUGUAAGUGGCGCCUGGGAUUUUAUUUCCUACCUGGGGACUCUGCAUGAGAGUCAAAAUGAGAAUCGCGUCCUUUAAGCGGCCGGUCAUCAUAUUGGUGGGGCUGGGGUUCGUCCUUUACGCGGGCAUGUUCCUGAGUAGCGGGUAUGUGCAUAGAUCGGAGACUAACACGGGUCUGGACCCAUCACGUUUUUCUGACGUGGAGGAAGGCAUCAGAAAUAUCCACAAAGUGCUCAAAGAUUUCGAGGAAAAGCAGGAGGCCAUGCACAAGAUGCUCGACGAUGAAAGACGAGCAAAAGCUGCAGCUGUCCAACAACCAGCCGUCCAGAAGGAGCCAGAGGAGAAACAGGCAAAUAUCCAGCCCCAUGAAGACGCUCCGGCAGAGAAAAAAUCUGGGAAACUGUUCCCUAAAUCACCCCUGUUCAAGGAGUGGGGGGAGAACCUGUCCGAGGAUGAGCAAAGAGAGGCACAGGGUCUGUUUGAGAAGUAUGGAUACAAUGUUUUUCUCAGCGAUCGCCUCCCUCUCAAUCGAGCCCUUCCAGAUACCAGGGAUCCAAGGUGCUUGAAAAAGAAAUAUUCAAAAGAUCUUCCAAGUAUAGGAGUGGUGUUGAUCUAUCUCGAUGAAGCCCUGUCCAUCCUGAAAAGAGCCCUGCGCAGCAUCAUAGACCGCACCCCGAAACACCUGCUGAAGGAGAUAAUAAUGGUGGACGAUAACAGCUCUAAUGAGGACCUAAAGGAGAGCCUCGAUAAUUACGUGAAGUCGCUUGAGGAGCAGAACCCAACUCUCAAAAUUACGAGAGUGAGGCACAAUGAGCAGCAAGGUCUCGCCUUCGCCAGAGCCUCUGGGUGGAGGGCUGCCACCGCUGACGUGGUGGCCAUCUUGGACGCACACAUUGAAGUCCACGAGAUGUGGGCUGAACCACUGCUGACGCAGAUCAAAGCUGACCGAACUGUGGUGGCUUCUCCUGUGUUUGACAGAGUCAACUUUGACGAUCUGAAGGUUAUUCAAUACGGUCCAUCAGCUCACGCCUUUGACUGGGCCUUGUGGUGCAUGUACGAGGGAUUUAUGCCCGAGUAUUACGAACUCAAGGACAGUUCAUUGCCAGGAAAGAGUCCAUCCGUCAUGGGGAUCAUGGUUGCUGAUAGAAAGUAUCUGGGAGAAAUUGGAGUCCUCGAUGAAGGCAUGAAAGUGUACGGUGGAGAAAAUGUUGAGCUGGGAAUACGUGUGUGGACAUGUGGAGGCAGUAUCGAAAUCGUUCCAUGCUCCAAGAUUGCCCACAUUGAGAGGAACCACAAGCCCUACAUGCCUGACCUGGCUCCCGCCAUGAAAAGAAAUGCCCUGAGGGUGGCAGAGAUCUGGAUGGAUGAUUAUAAGCACAACGUCAACUUGGCUUGGAACCUGCCAUUUGAGAAUCAUGGAAUUGACAUAGGUGAUGUAUCAGAGAGGAAGAAACUCAGAAAAAGGCUGAACUGCAAACCUUUUAAAUGGUACCUGGAUAAUGUGUAUCCUAAGUUGGAUCCCUGGGACAACCUGCUUGGCUAUGGAGGGAUGAAGAACCUUGAUGCUAAUAUGUGCUUAGACCAAGGUCCUGUACCUGGUCACACACCCAUUGCCUUCAAUUGCUACUACUAUGGACCUCAAAUCACGUAUUACCGAGGAAAUGGUGAGCUGUACAUUGGCGGCAUCAAGUCCCACAAGUACAACGACAACAGGUGUAUAACUGACAUGGGAAACAAAGAAACCGAGCCUGGCCUGUUCAACUGCAAAGAAGCUAUGCAGAAAGGGAUGGGAAUAUACUGGGACUUCAGUCAGGGGAAAGAGAUAAAGAACAAGCAGACGAAGAGAUGCCUGGAAAUAAAGGACCAAAAGCUCAUUAUACAGGAAUGCUCUGGCCAAAGAUGGGAGAUCCAAAAUGUAAUCAAACCAUUUUAAAGCCAUGUGUAGUAGACCAACAAGAAAUGAAUUUCUGCUCAAUAGGUCAGUGAGCACCCAGAUGAAGAAAAUUAAAAAAAAAAUGCACCAUUUGUAGGCAAGGAAAAAUUAGUGGGAAUGAGUGUAAUGAUUAUUAUUUAUUGACGCUUUUUACAAACAACUAAGUUCAAAUGAUGUUAAAGAUGCUUUAUGUGUGCAUGGUGGCUUUACAAUAGAAGAAGAACUGACUGGACCAUCCUUUCAAUCUUUAGAAAUACCUGUUGGGAAACAUGAUUGUGAAUACCCUCAUUGUGUUACCUGAUGAAUAUUUCCAUACUGUAAUAACAUAUCUGGAACUACAGUGACUCAGAACAAACAUAUCAGUGUGCAUUUCAAGAAAGGUUCAUCCUUUUUCUUUCCUUGAUAUAUAUCCUUCCCUGAGUCACACUUGGAUUUUCUCCAUACUAAAAUGGUCAUACAGACCAAGAUACUAUUGUUGUUAAUGAAUGUUAGAUAUAGUUGAGUUUUGGUGGGACAUUUGCCAAAUUAAGUUUUAAUAACAGUUUACCAGAUUUAUAUGAAUUUUAUGCACAACAUAUGGCGCUUAUAUAUAUAAGUUACUGUACUAAAAAAAAUAAGGUAACAAUUUGCAUGAACAUUUUUGAGUAGAAUGAAAGGAAGAGAAAAAGGUUAGAAUAACUAUAAGGAGUAAUGUGCUGCGUUGUCUGAUAAGUAGCCUGGCAGUAGCUCAGGAGGUAGAGCGGUCGUGCAAUAAGUGAAAGGUUGGCCCUAUCUCUGGUCUGUCUAUUGUGUCUGGUGGUCUGCGGAUUGGCAGCCACGUUUCCAUCAGUCAGCAGUGACUACUGACGUAGUUUAUCUAUGAUAAAUUAGAAUGAAGUUUGUUUAACUUAAAUAAGCAUGUUGCUUUUACUAAAGUACCAGAGUUGGGCUAACUGGAAAAGUCUUGUGACAUGUACUCAAUACUAGCCAAGUGCGAAUAACUUAAUAAUAUCCAUGAAAAUUUUUACAUAAAAUUUUCACAUUGAGCCAGAACCUCAUUGUGUUUUAGAGUGCAAGCCUAGUUUUCGCUGCAUGGAGCAGAUGUAUUUCCUAUGUUUACGAUGCAUUAAUUUGAGAGAACAUGCCAGAUUAUUUAACCUCUGACACACUCUAAAAUCUGAUUUGUUGAUCUUACUUCCUAAAAAAUCGAUUACCUUGAAAAAGAUAAGUAAACAUAAACUCAAAGUGUAAAGUUAUGUUUACUUUGUAUGUUCUGGUUGAGUUUACUUUAAAUUGUGUUGUAUUUAAUUGAAAAUGGCAAGUGAAAUUAAUUGUUCUUCGUUACCAACUUAAGUAAAACAAGUGAGUCUGACUUAACUGAACAGUUGUGUUAACUCAAUAGCAUCUAGGAAACCGAUUGCCUUAAAUAAAUAAAGCAAACACAAUAAAGAAUGAUUAGUUUGCAGGAUUGUUGUUUAUUUCAAAAUUGCCAUUGUGAUUCUUAAACCCAAGUCGGUGUUUGUGGAGAAAUCAAAUUAUACAAUCAAACAAAAAUCAGCUAUAAAAUAAAAUAUAUAAUACCAAA